AUGCUAUUUUCCGUCGCUGGCAUUGAUGACAUGGAGCUUCACCCGAGCACUGUUCAACAAUCAGCCCGAGCCCCGGGUUCUCAAUUCCACUCGCUGGAGGGCGGCUAUUCGUCGGCUAUCCAGGACGCACCUUUAAGUGAUGAGCGGCGCAUGCUAUGCAGCGGGACCGCUUGGUCCGACGGUCAAAGGGCCCUAACAUCUGCUAUUGCUAGGGAGAUUGCAAGCCACGGUUACGUUGUUGUGACAAUCGAUCACUCUUAUGAAGGUCCCGUCGUGGAACUUCCCGAUGGAACGGUCUAUAAAGCUGUCGAGAUAGAUGCCGACAAUUCAACUGUGAUUGAGACGGUCACUCGACUCCGCGCCAAGGACUACUCCUUUGUUCUCUCCCACUUUAUCCAGAACCCUGUUCCUGGCAUCAAUCUCAACCACGUAUUCGGGACUGGCCAUUCUCUUGGAGGUGCUACAGCAGCCGUAGCUAUGGCUUCAGACAAACGUAUCAUCGGCGGCGUCAAUUUUGAUGGCCUAAUCGCUAACCCUGCCCUCGAUAGCGACGCCCUUCCUUCUGAAGCAAUACCUGAUUUGAAGACUGUCUUUGGUAGCCUUUUAUUCUCUAAAGCUGCCCCAAUCAUGGCCGAGAUUGUGCAAGCGGUUGUGGAUCUGGCGACACAUGGUUGGAGUAGGAUAUCCGGCAUCUACCGAUGGUAUUAA